AGGAAGUGUUCCCUUCCCCGUGCGCCCUGGAUCCGCCAAACCUAGAACCUCCAGCGCGUCCACUGCCUCACCCUCCUCGCCCCACGACCACCACCGCUCCGACAGUCCUCGCCACCCGCCAGCAUGGCUGAACGCGACCAGUCGCCGCACUCGACGUCCUCCACCCUGUGCAGCAUCGCUGCGCGGAUGGAGCAGGAGGAGCCCGUCUCCCGCAGCUCCUCGACCGCGUCGCCCCCGACAUCGACCCCUCCGACGAGCCUCGGAGAUGAGGUGAGCAUACUCUCGGAGGUAUCCAAGAUGGAGCAAGCUGUAGAGACGCAGGAGGAACCGUCGACACCGCUGGCGCCGACUCCGGUGCAAGCGGUGCCGCAGUCCGCCCCCGAGGCGCCCAACAGUGAGGGCAGGAGACCUACCCGAAGCUCGCGCAAGUCUGUCACGACGUACAACGUACAGAUUCUCGCCGGCACUGCGAUCCACACGCCUACCAAGUACCUAGAGAAGCACCACAAGAAUGUGCUGCACGGCCCGAUCGAGACCGUCGUCAAGACCAGCCCCGCCCCGACACCAAAGAAGCGAACACCCAGGCCGAAGACAGAGCCAACAGACAUAAGCGACCCGGCGGAGCAGCAGCUUGCGACGGAGGUGGCCCAGGCAGCGCAGCGACGCACCUCGUCGCGGGUUACGGACCUUCGGCGAGAGGCCUUCCGGAACUUGGCCGGCGUGGGCGAGGCUGUAAUCUCUGGCGGAAAGCAGCUUAUGCACAAUGCGCUCAGGCGAAGUGCAUCAGACUCCCGGUUGCGAUCGUCCACGACCUCUGGGCUGUCUUCGCCCAGGCGUUCGCGCACCGCACGAGGAGCGGAGACGGAGGAUGAUGCGGACGAAGAAGAAGACGACACGGUGUAUGUGAAGCCUAAGACGAAGCAAUGGCUGGUACAAGGUUUGUAUGUUGGCCAGGAUCGCGAUUUCGAUGCUCGCCUGUCUGAGAGCCAGAAUCGCGCGCGGAGAAAGUCCAGACAAUCCAAGGACAACAAGAUCCUUCCUCUACCCAUGUUCUCUGGGGAGCGUAUGUUGAGCGGCGACCCGCACACCAGCUAUCGCGAUUUCAAGCUGUCCUACGAUAUCUACAACCCCCUGCCCCGCAAGGUCAAGGUGGACGGCUGGGUCAAACUUCACAAAAACCGGUUCAUUGGCGAUGCUUCUGCUUUGUGGAAGCGGGAUAAGCAGGAUUCGUCGCAAUGCUACUGUGACCCAGAGGACGGAUGCGGGGAAGCCUGCCACAACCGCAUCAUGGCCUACGAGUGCGAUAACACGAACUGCCCGCUUACUGCUGAGCAAUGCCAGAAUCGUCCCUUUGCACAGCUCAAGAAGCGCGCAAAGGGCAAUGGCUACGAUUAUGGUGUUGAGGUCAUGGAGACUGAAGAUAAGGGUUAUGGUGUCCGAGCCAUGAGGAGCUUCGAGCCCCACCAAAUCAUUGUCGAAUAUGCCGGCGAAAUUAUUACGCAGACUGAGUGUGAGCGGCGCAUGAAGCAAGUCUAUAAGAAAGACAAGUGCUAUUAUCUUAUGAGCUUCGACAACAAGAUGAUCAUUGAUGCAACCCGCGGCACCAUUGCGCGCUUCGUCAAUCACUCUUGCGAGCCAAACUGUGAGAUGAUCAAGUGGACCGUCGGCGGUGAGCCCCGCAUGGCACUGUUUGCCGGUCGUCGCGGGAUCAUGACUGGCGAAGAACUGACCUACGACUACAAUUUCGAUCCUUUCUCGUCCAAGAACAUUCAAGAAUGCCGCUGCGGCACCAAAUCAUGCCGCGGUGUCCUAGGCCCUAAGCCGAAGAAGCCAGCCCACGAAGAGAAGUCAAUGGCCUCUAUGAUCCUCGCCGGAACGAAGCGCAAGCUACAAGAGGUUUUCGGCUCGGGUAGGGGUUCCGAGAGCGCACCCAACUCUCCGAAGAAGCGCAACAUGGGCAACGCUUCCACGACAAAGGCUAGAAACGCCCUUGUACAGUCAGCUGCCGCCCGCGAGAGGGCUGAGAGAGAAGCGGCUGAACAUGCCGCCCAAUUAGCCGCCCGUAAGAACCGCGCGCUAGCACGCUCGAAAAGUGUGACCCUCUCUAAGCGCUCCACUGUCCUCCGCAAGCACACGCGUGCGUCCAUGCCGAACCACAAAUCAAUCCGCCACACCACAUUCAGCUUCAAACGCAAGGCCUCGAAGCCUGGCGCGCUUAAACCGGUCAAGCACAUGUCUACCAUGCUAAGGCGCAGCACUCCCGCUCCCAAAGCCAAGAAGGGUCUCCGCGCGGCUAGCGCCCUUAAGACUCCGCGGCGAAGCCCUUCUUCUGACUCCUCCUCUGAUGCGUCCGUGAACAUCACGCCCGCCUCUCUCCGCAGCGCAAAGAAAAUGAAGCAGAGCACGAUCCCCUUCAAGCCACUUAAGUUCGGCAACGCGCCGUCCCCUUCGCCCUCGCCCUCGCCCUCGCCCUCGACGGAUUCCAUGUGCGUCCCGGAUUCUGAGGACGAGGAUUGGGGCAGAGACUUUGCUUCCGCCAACGUCAAGGGAAAGAAGAGGGGUUCCGCGCCGGCCCCUCGUAGCAUGCACAAGACUGGCGCCGGUGUCAGGAAGGGUCGGGUUCGCAACUCGCGGGGCCGUUUCGUCAAGAAGUGAGCGCAAAAUGCGGCGUCCUUCUUCGCCUCCGUUGGGGUUUUCUAGCAUUCCUUCUUCACGCCACUGACCCGCUUUCUUCUCGGAUCUUUAUCCCGGAAUGCGUCUGUUAGGUCAUUAUAUAAUGGGGCAUGAGUGCUGCACACAUGCAUAGGGUACGGAGCAUUGCGGUGUCCUGUAUUUCACUGUUUGUGUUUGUGUUUCUACCUAAGGAGGAGA